AUGUCGGCACGACCUUUAUCGCCAACUAAAAAAGCGAAUAGUGCCAAAGCCGAUUCAUCGUCGUCGAAAAAAAAAGGCAAAAAAAAUCUUCCACAAGAUGAUAUCGUUGAUCUACAUCAACAACAGAUUGAUGAGUUAAUACGUGAACGUGAAGAAAUUCGAUCGAAACUCAACAGUAUCUGUUCGAAAAUAAUAGAAAAUACUAAUAUCGAUGACUAUGAAAGCGAAAUCGAUUUAACGAAACAACAACCGUCCGAUGUACCUCUCGAUAAUAUGCUAUCGAUGAUUGAUACACUCUGUCGUUAUCGCUCAGCUUUUCUAAAUAUUUUUCAAGAAUCCGAAGAACAAGAACACCGUCCUAUUCAAAAACGAAUUACACAAUUAGCUAUCGAAGAACCGAAUCUACUGCGAAAACGUCUGACAUUAGAUCAACGAUUAACAUUUGUCUCGCGCGAACGUGACCUUUGGAAAGAAAAUGCUCAAUCAAUUCAAAUCAUGUACGCUACAAUAGUUGACCAAUUAGAAAUUGGCGCAUUAAAAAAAUCCAAUGCAAAAACAACCGAUAUUAUUCGUUCGCAUCGUUUAAAUCUGGAGGAUGUUUGUCUUAUUUUUUCAUCUUCUAACAUUCGAUCGCUUAAUGACGCAAAAAAGCAACGCGAACAAAAUACACUUGACAAUCAACUUGACAAAUUAAACGAUAAACAUAUUUCUUCUGAUCUUAAACGACAAGAUGAUGAUAAUAAUUCUAAUAAAUCAUUAUCUAGAAUUCCAUCAACUGUCGAUGAAGACAAAAGAGAUAAUAAUAACAAUCUAUCAUCAAACGUUAAACGUACUGUUUUAUUUGCUACAGAAGUUCGUAUAAUUAAUGACAAUGAAGAUAUUAAUCAUCAACAAAUAAAAAAUGACGAUCAAUCAAGAACAAAAUUGUUUUCACCGAAACCCAUUAUUUCACUAGCAAGUCACACAUUAGUAGAUAACAUGGAUGCAGAUUUACGUAUGUUAAUUAUCAAAGAACUUAGUAAAGACCAUUUUUCUCCAAGACCAUCGUCGAAAAUGAGUUUCAAUUAUACUAGAAGUAAUGAUGACUUUCGUUCGUAUCAAGAAAAUUAUCGUUCGCGAAAUCGUCUACCUGAAUGGGUCGUCUUAGCACGAUUGAUUGGAUUAGAUGAGCCCGAAAUCGAUCAUUGGUCCUCGCAAAAUCUUCAAUAUCCUGCUGGUAGGGUUAUAUCGACUUGGUGUAAUAGUACUUCACCAUCACCUACAGUUGCUCAAUUAUAUUCUCUUCUUUCAACAAAUCAAUUAAAUAGAUUAGAUCUUGCUCGACAUAUUGAAACAAUGUAUAGAAUUUAA